AUGGUCCUCCAGGAUCUUGGGCGGCGCAUUAAUGCCGCCGUCAAUGACCUCACCAGGUCAAACAACCUCGAUGAGAAGGCUUUCGAUGAGAUGCUGAAAGAGAUCUGUGCUGCCCUGCUCUCCGCUGAUGUCAACGUCCGCCUCGUUCAGUCACUGCGCAAGUCGAUUAAAUCCAGUGUGAAUUUCGCGUCCCUCCCCGCGGCCGUCAACAAGAAGCGCCUCAUCCAGAAGACCGUUUUCGAUGAGCUGGUGGCCCUGGUCGACCCCCAUGCGGAGCCUUUCCGGCCCAAGAAGGGUCGUCCCAACGUCAUCAUGUUCGUUGGUUUGCAGGGUGCUGGUAAAACCACUACCUGUACCAAGCUGGCCCGCCAUUACCAGAUGCGUGGGUUCAAGACGGCUUUGGUCUGCGCGGAUACCUUUCGUGCUGGUGCAUUCGACCAGCUGAAGCAGAAUGCGACCAAGGCCAAGAUUCCCUACUACGGUAGCUUGACUCAGACAGAUCCGGCUAUCGUGGCUGCAGAGGGUGUUGCUAAAUUCAAGAAGGAACGGUUCGACAUUAUUAUCGUUGAUACCAGCGGUCGUCACCGCCAAGAGGAGGAACUGUUCACUGAGAUGACUCAGAUUCAGACCGCGGUCACGCCCGAUCAGACCAUCUUGGUCCUGGACGGCACGAUCGGUCAGGCUGCUGAGUCUCAGUCGGCUGCUUUCAAGGCUACCGCUGACUUCGGUGCCAUUAUCAUUACCAAGACUGACGGCCACGCCGCGGGUGGAGGUGCUAUCUCUGCCGUUGCUGCGACACAUACUCCUAUCAUUUUCCUUGGAACUGGUGAACACAUGAUGGAUCUUGAGCGAUUCGAGCCCCGCGCAUUUGUUCAAAAGCUGCUGGGAAUGGGCGACGUCGCUGGCCUGGUCGAGCAUGUCCAGGCCAUCACCAAGGACUCGGCCUCGGCCAAGGAAACCUACAAGCAUAUUGCGGAAGGCAUCUACACCCUGCGGGAUUUCCGCGAGAACAUCACUUCAAUUAUGAAGAUGGGCCCGUUGUCAAAAUUGUCUGGCAUGAUUCCCGGUCUCUCCAACCUGACUCAGGGUCUGGACGACGAGGACGGAUCUCUGAAGCUGCGUCGCAUGAUUUACAUUUUUGACAGCAUGACUGCUGUUGAACUUGACAGUGAUGGCAAGACCUUUGUCGAGCAGCCCAGCCGCAUGGUCCGCAUCGCUCACGGCAGUGGUACCAGCGUCCGCGAAGUGGAAGAUCUCCUCUCCCAGCAUCGCAUGAUGGCCGGGAUGGCCAAGAAGGUUGGUGGUCAGAAGAAGCAGAUGCAGCGUGCACAAAACAUGCUCAAGGGUGGAAACAACCAGCAGCAGCUUGCUGCUAUGCAAAAGCGAAUGGCUGCUAUGGGUGGUGCUGGUGGUAUGGGCGGUAUGCCCGGCAUGGGCGAUAUGGCCAAGAUGAUGCAAAUGAUGGGCGGCGGCCAGGGUGGCGGUGGCAUCCCAGGUCUAGGAGGUAUGGACCUGCAGAGUAUGAUGAGCCAGAUGGGUGGAUUGAUGGGCGGUAUGGGCGGUAUGGGAGGAGGUGGUCGUGGACGCGGACGGUAG